AUGAAUUGGUACGAUGUAAACACUGUUGGCGAUAGGAACGAUGUGAGUCCCAGCAAAAGUCCCAGCAACAAUAACAAUUUUCCACCCACUCCGACUAAAUCACGACUAAAUUUCAACCACAUAAAACAUUUGUAUCCUGAUAAGCCACCCCAGAUCACACACAGUGACAAUAACAGUUAUGAAAGUCUACUAGCUCCACCCAACGCUAAUCGUCAUCCCAGCUUGUCCCUUGAUUCGAUUCCUUAUGAAAAUGGGGCUUCGGAUGAGUACGAGUCAAGCAUCCCUUUAAGUCUAACAGCACAAGAGUUGACAUUACAGGAAUCAAAGACGUACAUGAGAUGGUACAGCGAUAUAUUGGCAAGAACUAAUAGUCGAACUAUUUCAAUAUGGGAUGUGUUUAGUUUCCUCACCAACUUCAAAAUUGCCGAUAAAAUAAGAGAGCAAAUAAGUCAUAUUUUCCACAAGAUCAGUCAAAGUAUCAAUAUUGGAGAGUUUUUUGCAUUGCUAAGAGUGAUAAGUCAUACGUUAAGAGGAGAGAAACCACUGAGGAAAUUGAUCAAAGUUGUGGCACCGGUGCCGACUCCACCUUCUAUUUUAUCGAAAAAGAGACUCAAUGACGAAGAGGACAGCUCGAAUGAGGACAGAAGUGAUGGAGAGGUAGACAAUGUACAAGACGGAAAAUCAAAUAACGAUUCCAAGUCAAUGGCUCCACUUGACAUUGAUGGGUUCACACAGUUUUUAUUAACUGGAGAACGACCAGGUUCUAACUCCUCAACCAACUCCAACUCAAAUUCUCGAAAACGCAAAUCUAAGAAGGUUAAAUUUUCCGAUCAGGUUGACGUGCAUGAUGAUUCAAAUUACUUAACACCAAUGGAAUCUCCACAACCAGUUUCACAAAAUCCCUUGGAUUACACAUUGCCCAUGGAUCAACUACUCAAACAAAUGCAAAAUAAUCAGCAACUGCAAAACCCACAAGAACAAGAAGAAGAGAAGGAAGUGUUAAAAGAUGUUGAUAUCAACAAUUUCCAGCACUUGAAUUCUGUUGACACGGUAUCUGUUGGAGGUACACCAGUUCCACCAUCAAAUUUCGACAAUUCUGAUGGACAAGAUGGUAACUUAUUGAAGCCAAAUAUGACAGGUCCAGCACAAAUAUCCAAAAUGUUUUCUAGUCUUCAACCAGAUUUUAAAACAAAUGAGCCUGAUUUGAAACCAUUAAGACCAAAUGUAACUGGUCCUGCUGAUAUGGCAAGACUAUUUUCACCACCAGCAGUCCAAUCUCCACAGCAGGUGCAACAAUUGCAACAAUCGUUAUCACCACCGCCAAUACCACAGCAACCGCAGCAACCGCAGCAACCGCAGCAACCGCAGCAACAACUGCAACAACUGCAACAACAAGAAUUACCCAAAAUAUCUCUACUGGCUUUUACCUCCCAAAUGACAGGUCCAACCAUGGAAAAUACGUUGCAGAAUACAUUGCAAAAUGGGAAACCACCAGUACCACGCCAUAGAUCGUAUUCAUCGCCAAUACCGAAUAAGCCUGCACCACCACCUCCCCCGCCAAGGAGAAGAAAUGCUAGUGGCAGAGGCGUCUCAUCUCCUCAACCUCCACAAGUACAGCAAUCACAAGCACAACAGCAGCCACAGCAACUACAACAACUAUCACAGCAAUAUUAUCCACAGCAGAAUCAACAACAGCCACCUGCAUUGCCUCCAAAGAUUCCAAACAUGUAUGUGUCGGGGAGUUCCAACAAUGAUUCAACAGGAAAUAUCUUAGACGACUUAAAAGCAUUACAGGACGAGGUUGACAAGAUAAGGAACUUGACUGGUGGGUUUUAA